AUGGUUGACGGCGUUAACAGGCAUGAAAUUGUUGCUGAAUCAACCGAAGUACAAGAAUCAUCGUCGUCGUCGGAAGUCGGUGGCCGAUCGCGGAUACUGUUUUGCAGAAAAUGCGAUGGCCACGGCAAACAAGUGAUUCUUAAAGGCCAUGCACCAAAGUGUCCUUACAAUCUAUGUUCCUGCCCGACGGUAUGUUUGGUAGCAAAUUUGUUCUACUUUUUUUGCUCGUAUAUUGUAGUAACUAAUUUUUUUUUUUGUUUUUCGCUUUUGCUGCUUUACUUUAACUUAUAUACUCAUAAUCACAAAAACUGCCAUGAUAUCUGA